AUGGAGCUGUCUGAAAUACUAUACAAUAAGGCGGAAUACAUUGAAACGGCAUCUGGCAACAAAGUGAGCAGACAAUCAGUCCUAUGUGGCAGCCAAAACAUUGUUCUAAACGGAAAAGUCAUCGUCAUGAACGACUGCAUCAUCAGGGGGGAUCUGGCCAACGUGAGGGUUGGCAGACACUGUGUUGUCAAAAGUAGAAGUGUUAUUCGACCACCGUUUAAAAAAUUUAGCAAAGGGGUGGCAUUUUUUCCUCUGCACAUUGGAGACCAUGUGUUUAUUGAAGAAGACUGUGUGGUCAACGCCGCACAGAUUGGUUCAUAUGUUCACAUUGGAAAGAACUGUGUAAUUGGUCGUCGUUGUGUUCUUAAAGAUUGCUGCAAGAUUUUAGACAAUACUGUACUUCCACCAGAGACUGUGGUUCCACCAUUCACAGUCUUUUCUGGCUGUCCUGGUUUGUUUUCAGGGGAAUUACCAGAGUGUACGCAGGACUUGAUGAUCGAUGUAACCAAAAGUUAUUAUCAGAAGUUUCUGCCCCUCAGCCAGAUCUGA